UCCUACGAUGUCCACAUUUCGCUCGAGGUCGCUAUUCUUACGUGAGAAUAGUCUGCACAGUUUCUAUCCUCUCUCGUUAGUGGGUUUUAGGUAAACCAUGGAGAGACACUUGGACUCGCAAGUAAAAGGAGUCAGCACAGGUACCACCAUCCUAGCAGUGACGUAUAAUGGAGGAGUCAUCAUUGGGUCUGAUUCAAGGGCAUCAAUGGGGGGGUCUUAUGUAUCAUCCAAAGCCAUCAACAAGCUGAUCCAGGUUCACGACAAGAUUUUCUGCUGCAUCGCAGGCUCGUUGGCGGAUGCCCAGGUGGUCACCAAGGCUGCGAAAUUCCAGCUGUCCUUUCACAGUAUCCAGAUGGAGUCUCCCCCGCUGGUGAAGGCAGCAGCCUCUGUGCUGAAGGAGCUGUGCUACAGCAACAAAGAAGAAUUGCAGGCCGGCUUCAUCACUGCAGGCUGGGACAAGAAGAAAGGCCCACAGGUGUAUGUUGUGUCCCUGGGAGGGAUGCUACUCGAACAGCCGUUCACCAUCGGAGGUUCGGGGAGCACCUACAUCUAUGGUUAUGUGGAUGCCAAGUACAAGCCCGACAUGAGCAGAGAAGAGUGCCAACAGUUUGCCACAAACACUCUCGCCCUGGCCAUGGGCAGAGACAACGUCAGCGGGGGCGUGGUUCACCUGGUGGUCAUCACGGAGACGGAGGUGGAACACGUGGUCGUCCCCGGCGACAAGCUGCCCAAGUUCCAUGAUGAGUAGAGUGACACCACUGAUUCUUUGAGGGUUCUGGAAGAAGAAUUAGCAGUAUGCAUGCAUGUAAAGGUUCAACGAAAACUAAGAAAUAUUCAUUUUUUCUUAUAUUUUGCAAUGAGUUAGGGGUAUAGGACUAAUCGAUAAAUACAUCAACAUAUUGGUUGUGUGCUUCUAAACGGAUUAAAGUCAACUCAAUCGCUCAUGCAUAUCAGUUGAACACUGAAUGCUAUGGAUCCCUAUUAUUAACCCUUAAAGCAACUUAGGUUCCAAUAUGCAUCACAAACAACUAAACGUAUGAUAGGAGAGAAACUCCUCAGUCCCUAUUGAUUGUGUGAUUUAUCCAUGGAAAAAUGCAACUACCGGCUUUGUAAUAAAAAAGGUUUAUGAAAACAAAA